AAAUAGAGAAAAAAAAAAACCAUUUUUACAUGUAUAUAAGCACGGAUUGUCUCAGACUCGAGUAACAUCAACUUAGCCUAAUCCUUGAGAGAUAGAAAGAGAGAAAUCCAUGGCCGGGAAAGCCAAUACAAUGCCGGUUAUCAGUAAGCUGUAUUGUUCUUCAUCUCAGGUGGUGCUUGCAGUUAGGAGGAGGCCGCAUGUGGUGAACGGAGGCGGGUUCGUGGUGAUGGAUUGUAGCCAGAUGGUUGUUUUCAGGGUCGACGGUUGUGGGGUUCUGGGUACUAAAGGGGAGCUGGUCUUGAGAGAUGGAAAUGGGGAUGCUUUGCUUCUCAUACGUCGAAAGGGAGGGAUGGUUGAGGCACUAAGCAUACAUAAAAAAUGGAAAGGCUACAGUUUCGACUACGAAGGAUCACAAAAGUUGGUUUUCACUUUAAAGGAGCCGGCCCGUUCAUGCCUAGCCAAUAACAAUGCCAUCAGAAUCUCCACUGAACCAAAAAGCAGCAGCAAGCAGUGUGAGUAUGAAAUCAAUGGUUAUUUCCCUGACAGAAAAUGCAGCAUCAUUGAUUCCACAGGCAACGUUGUCGCUCAGGUUGGAGUAAAGAAGGAAGUAGAGGAGUUGAUGGCAAGUAAAGAUGUUUAUCAAGUAGUGGUAAGACCUGGGAUUGAUCAAGCUUUUGUUUUUGGAGUCAUUGCUGUUCUUGAUUACAUUUACGGUGAAUCUACCAGGUGCUAAUUGAGGAAUUUCUGUAAACCCCCAAACUAGAAGUUAAUUUUGUUUGUUUGGGUUCCAUUUGGAUGACUAGAUUUGGAAUGAAUUAAGCUGCAAAUUCCUCUUUAUUUUAGGAUCUGUAAUCCUUAGCAUGUAUAUAAAACAAUAACUUUAGAAUAAUAUUAAAGAUUUGUGGCUA